CCCUUUGAACUCAGCCCGACUUGCCGAAAUGACUUCCAGAAAUAUAAUCUUGUGCUUUUCUCGGAUUGCCCAGCAGAUAGGCCACGGGGUGAAGCGUGAGUUCCCCUCUCCCCAUCAGUGUGUUCUGUCACUGCCAGGUGGAAUGUCCUACGAAGCAUUUGAUGGCAAAGCCCAUGUGAAGCCGUGGCAUGUGAUGAACCUUGUGGAAUCUGGACGAGCAAUGAGUUUCAACCCCAUACCUCACGACGACCGUUCCUACCUUGACUUCAACACUCUCUAUGAACAGUACUUGGCAUUCAUAGCAUCUGCAAGACUAGAGAUCCAUCCAGAGAUGUACAGUUAUUCGGUGGCAAAGAGUCCCCUCCAGUUGAGUAAGGAACUCCUCUACUAUGGUAAUUCUUCAACAAACCUAGAAACUAAAGUUACUGAAUGUAAAACUGGUCUCCUUCUUGCAAGCUGUCAGCAACAAACAGUUUCAGUUUCCAAGGAAACCCGCCGUCCUGCAGCUCUUCCUGAUUGGUGGAAGGAAAAGUAUUCCAAGAUCAAUUUAACAGGUAGUGCACUUCGUGUAGAAUCAGCUCAACGUCCCAGCCAAUCAGAGGUCAGCUCAUAUUCACUGACAGUACAAACAAGUGAUACGGAUACGUAUUUCCAUGUGAACUGGACUGGUUAUUUGAAGUUUUGCCUGGAGGCUUUUGCAGGGUUUAAACAUGAAACAGACAUAUCCGCCAAUGUGCUGGAACUGUAUCGACCUUUGAAGGUCGCUGAGUUGGGUUAUGUGAAGGAAUGCAGUCUCGGGGACCUACUGAGGGUGGACUUCUGGUCAGAGCAGACGUCAAAUGAUAAGGUUAAUUUCGAAAUCAGAAACACUGCGGAUGAGGUAGUAUUGUAUUGCUCAGUCGAAUUUUAUCAAGAUCUCAAUUUGGAUUCCAGGUCUUAGCUCCGUACAAAGCAUUGAUCGUUCCAUCAAUAAAUUAAACAAGCUGCAGCAGUUGACUAUGUGUAGCUUACUAUUAAUGUUUAAUGACUGGGCAUUAAUGACUUUUAUUCAACCAUUGAUUGUUCUGUUAAAAUGCUUGCACAGUGGCAACAAACUACCUCACUGAAUCCCAUAUUCUGCAGUCACAGAACAGGUGCAUUUACAGAAAACAGUCAUUUUUUAUCACUAGUUUCUAAUUUUUGUAAGACCAUAUAUCCAUUAGAGGCCCAGUGUCAGAUGUCUUCCAUUUUAAAAUAUACAUUUGUUAUGGUAUUAACGUCUGAUGUUAUAUUGUUUUAGACUUUGGAUCUAAGUGAGAUUAUGAUAAUGAAACAUGUUUGUAGAUGCAUGUAUUUAUCUGAUUCUAAACUGUCCACAUUAUGAAUCUGAAUAUUAAGUCUCACAUGUCAUAAAACAAUAAACAGAUCCCAUCAAUUG